AUGAUGAUUCAUAUAGAUACAGAAGUAGCAAGAAUCAAAUCAUCAAUAAUGCAAUUUAUUAACGAGGAAGCCGAAAGGAAUAAGGAAGCAGGCCCGAAUGAAAAGAAGUUGGUGUACGGCGAAACCUGGUAUGUGUAUGAACAAGGAACAGGGCAGAGGGAAGGUAGUGGUGAUGUGACGGCACCGAGAGGGAAGCACGGCGGCGCGGUGGUGGAGCAGAGGCAGUGGCGGAUGGGGUUGAAUGGUGGAGGGUUGGGUGGGGACAGUAGAGAAGAGGGGGUGAGGGUUGUGGUGGUGGCCGGCGGAGGUGGACCGUGGCGGUCUGAGGCUAGCCGCGAUGGGGAGGGCAGUGGCGGAGGGGAGGGAAAAGAAGAAGGGAAGAAGGAAGAGAGGGGGAAGUGUGGCGGUUGUGGCGUGGUGGUCUGGGCGGCUGGGGGUGGUUGUUGA